GUUAGGAUUCAACCAAAACAAAUAAAUCAAUUCCGUAUGUAAUGUACGACAUAUACAUAUUCGCAUCUAGAGGUGAGAGUACGUUUUUCAAGCAACGGUAUUAAUCUAUAUAUGUGUAUAAGGUAGUAUUUUGAUACAAACAGCAGCAUGUUAUUCCUACACAUCUGCGUAAAUGACUCAGGAUCGUAGUCACUAUAGGCGGUCAUACAGUUCGUGGUACCUCCCUGAUUGUUGUCAGUGUACGUGCAUUAUAUAGCAAUUUUCGAUGAACUAUACGAUGAGAAAUUGUGCAAUGAGCAUUGCGCAAAGGCACAAGAAAGCUCGGAGCGCGUGAUCAUUUUCGAACAAGCACGUUGCGGGUACCGCGAGUCGAGUAUUACGCGAUUGGCCGAGUCGGCAUUGUCGGAUCAAUGUUUUCAAAGCAAGCAGUAGACAGGUUAAGUACUCGCCCCGCUCUACUCGGACACCGGCCGCACUACACAUAGAACUACUAUACGAUAUGGAACACCGGUACGUCUGAGUCUUUAUUUUGCAAAAAAACAAUACGCGACGUGCACACUUCUCAGAAAACUUCAUUUCCAAACUCAAACACGAGUGAGCAGCAACGAGCCGACCACGUGGGCCGAUACACUUGAUUUUCUAUGAACUGAUGUUUUGAUAAAUGCUGAGAUCAUUUUUAAACAAAUAAUACAAUUUUAAAACAGUUAUUUUUGCUAUUUUCGUCGUUCAAGAGUGUUUACAUAGUUUUUGAAGAUUUAACGUUUCAUAAGGUGAGAGCACGUUGUCACAAUUUUCGAAAAAUAAUCGACGUACGAAAAAGAAUUGCUGCUACCACGUUUCCGGGGCUCAUGUAAAUGGCGCUAAAUUUAAAUUGUCUUUUAAAAAUAAGAUUAUUGUAAGUCGUUGUAAAAAAAGCACGUGCAACAAUUAAGCUGUUUUUUUAUCUGAGAAGAUUUACUGACUAGAAGAAAUUUUAUUAAGUAAGUAACUGGAAAUAAAAGAAGCACUGUUUUCUAGAAUUAAUCAAAUUAAUUGAAUUUAUUAUAAGGCUUCAAGCACUAUUCAUUCAGCGAUGCCCCUAAACUAAAUGUGAUAUUGACAACAGCAUUCAAGUGGCUCCUAAAAAACUGAACUUGCAUUCUAAAUCAACACGGAAAACCAAAGACCAGAUUGCUUCAGUAACAUAUGUUAUAUUGAUUGAGCAUAUAUUGACAAUAAAUACUCUGAUUAUUUGAGGCUGCAGCAGAAACAAGACCAUGGCAUUUGAAGAACCAAAGUCGAAGAAAAUCAAACAUUCCAAUAUAUUUUCUGAGCACAUUUUUCAAUCAGAAUUUCAAGAAAUACUCUACAGACAUUGGCAUGGUAAAACUGCAUUAAAAAAUUCUGACCUAGAAAUCAUCGCUGAACCCUUUCGCGUGUGUAAGAUAUCAAAUUUUCUUGAUGAUAAUUUUAUAGAAGCACUAACAACUGAUUUAGAGGAUGUACGCACUCGAAGAAAGUCCCUAGAUCUGUAUCAGUUUAGACAGUCAAGAGACUUGUCAAGAUUAUCUAGGCGAAAUGUAAUAUCUCUAUAUCAUAGUUUCCAAAGUUCUUUAUGCGAUUGGAUGCAGAAAAAUACAGAAAUUAGUCUGGAUGGCCAAAUAUCUAUGUCAACUUCUUGUUACAGUGAUACUGACCACCUUCUUUGCCAUGAUGAUAAUUUAGGUAACCGGAAGAUUGCCUUCAUUUUGUAUCUGUCAAAAAAUUGGAUAGAAGAAGAUGGAGGUGCUCUAGAACUGUUUGAUACUGACAAAUAUGGUCAACCUAGGAAAGUUGUGAAAUCACUACUUCCUGAAUAUAAUUCUCUUGUAAUAUUUGAAGUUGCGAAUAAUUCUUAUCACCAGGUAGCCGAAGUAAGGUCUAAGGAUAAGAUUAGAUGGAGUAUCAAUGGCUGGUUUCAUGGUCCAGUUGUGCAAUCGGAGAAAGUACAACGGCCAAAGCCAGUAAUUAAUUAUAUUGAGCCUGAAGAUGUUGCAGUAAAUUUACUUGGAUGGAUAACAGACAAAUAUUUUAUUCCAGGAAUGAUAAAGCAGAUACAGGAAGAGGUUGAAACAAAGUCCGUUCUAUCUUUAGCAAACUUCCUCGAGGAAGAAGUCUAUAUGACAUUGUCAAAGGAAAUUGAAUCUGAGAAAAUCAAGUGGAUAAGUAAAGGGCCAGCAGAUGUUUGCAACUACGAAGUAGCAGAAGAGACUAGCUUGCCAACAACGUUGGCUGAAUUUUAUGAAAUAUUCAAAUCAGCUACUACCUUUGAAUAUCUGGGAAGGUUAACGGGAUUGGAUCUGCAUUCGGUAAACAAAACGAUUCCGGCAGUAACGAUGGAAUUGCAGAGAUGGUCCAAAGGAAGUUAUACUUUGAUAGAUAUGAGACAUAAAAAGAAUGCUGCAAGAGAUAAUAGUGCCGCCAAUGAUGAGAUUGCUAGUGUCGACGAUGAUGAUAGUGCUAGUGCCGGCAAUGACGGCGAUAUUAGUGAUUCGGAUACUACGCCUAGUGGCGACGAGAGCACUUUGCUUGGGCCGAGCGGGUCGAGGAUGAAACCGGUCGUCAAGAAGAGUUUACCUGAGUCGAGCGUUACGAACUGUUCGAGACGGAAAAAGGUCAAAGGGAGGGGUUCGACUAAGCUGAACGGCACGAGCGUGAAAAAGCGCAGGAGCCUCAGCAAAAUGCCUAAGGUCAGUCGCGUCGACGAAUCUGGAUCCGAUGACGGUGACGUGGCGGUGGUCAGUUGGGACAGGAAAAAAAGAGGCACCAUUACAGCGCGGCGCGUCCCAGAAACAAUCACGCUAGAGAAUGCAAAUAAAGAACCGGCUUCGGACAUCGAAGACUACAUGUCCUCUCCUCCGAAGCUCGAGGACAAGGACACGCCCACUUCUCCGGAGCACAAGGAAAAGGACAAGGACACGUCCACUGCUCCGGAAGGUGAGUACGGAGAUGACGACAGCGGCAUGUCCACUCCUUCGGAGGACGAGGAUGAGGUCGAGACGCCUCCUCCUGAGGAUGAGGUCGAGACGCCUCCUCCGGAGGAUGAGGUCGAGACGCCUCCUCCGGAGGAUGAGGACGAGCCCUCCGCUCCGAAGCACGAAGACGAGCCCCCACCUCCGGGGGACCAGGACGAAGACAUGGCCGUCCCGCUUCAGGGUUCGCUCGACGUGAUUAUGCAGUUCCACACCAAUCGACUAGCCGAUGCGAAACUCGAUGUGAUUAUAGACUACGUGGACCCGACCCAGAAGCAGGCUGGGCUUGCUUGCUUGCCGUGCUACGAGAACCACUUGACUCUCGUUUACAAGACGACAGGCGUCUGCCGCCUGCAUAGAUACGUCAACCACUACCUCAACGGCUACUUUUACACCUUGGUCUGCACGUAUGUGGAGUGAGGUAUUGCAACCGCCACAAGUCCAGACAAGACGACAGUGAGAUGAUAUAUUAAUGUUUAAAAAAUAUGUUUCAACUUUAUUUUAUUUGUUGUCAUUUGGUUGCUGAAAAUUCGUGAUGACGAUGAUGAUGUCGCGCGCGUGAAAUUUGUAUAGUGACUGA